AUGGAUUUUCAAGCUUUUAUAUUCUGUGGACGUGGUGCGAAGCUAACACCGUUUUCCAAUGUUCGUGGAGACACUGGUGUUCCCAAAGCUCUAUUGCCGGUUGCAAACCGCUCCAUGAUUGAGUUCGUACUAGAUUGGUGUGAGCAAGCCCAAUUUAAAGAGGUCAAUCUAGUUAUUGACGCAUCCGAUGCUGACGAAUUAGAGGAAAGUUUGAAAAAAUACCGUGAAGUGAGAGGGCAUUAUUUUGGACUGUUAUCCCAAAGCGUUGGAUCGAACCAUGCUCACUAUUUGAAAAAACCAUCUCCUAUUAAUAUUAUACCCUCAAAAUGUGAGAAUACAGGAGAAUGUCUGAAGAAUGAAUUGCUAGAUAAGAUAACUGGAGAUUUCGUGUUGUUACCUUGUGAUUUCAUCACAGACAUUCCACCACAGGUGUUUUUAGAUCAGUAUUUGAAUAAAGAUCCGGAGAAUCUAGCUAUGGCAGUAUAUUAUCACAAUGGGUUUGAGAAUAUCGAUAAGAAGCAUUUAAAGCAAUUCCUGACUGUAUACUCCGAGAAUUUGGAGUCUGUUAGUAAGCCCGUUCUUCUAGACGUUUAUUCCAAAGACGAUGUGGACAAAACGAAAUAUUUACAAAUCAGAUCCCAAAUGCUUUGGAGAUAUCCGAACUCCUCUGUAUCCACAAAAUUACUGAACUCCUUCAUUUACUUUUGCUCUCAUGAGUUAGUAAACCUAUUGAAGGAUGAAACCGAGAAAGGUGCUGGAGAAUUAGACUCUGAUUCGGAAGCCGUUGAUUCUUUGGCCACAUCAUUCCAGAACACGUCUUUCUUGAAGGGAAAGAAGAAAUUAAUCAAAGAUCCAAUAAACUGUAAUAAAUCGCUAGGCAAGCUAUUCAGGGAUUUGUCUAGGCGUUCGUGGCAGCAUGUGAAACCCAGAGAAACUAUAGGUAUCUUCGUGUUACCUGAAAUCGGAUUAUUUAUCAGAUCAAACAGUUUGAGUGCAUACAUGGAAUCCAAUAGGUACGUUUUGAAGAUUAAACAAACGGCGAUUCAACAACGCACUACUGAUGGUUCUUCUGCUAUCGGUGCAGAUUCUAUGGUUGGUAACAAUUGUGCAAUUUUGGAGAAAACCAAUAUUAAACGUUCGGUCCUCGGUGACAAUUGUAAAGUAGGAAAGCGAUGCCGUAUCGUUGGGUGUGUUGUGCUUGAUAAUGUUGAAAUUGAUGAUGAAACCCAGCUAGAAAAUGUCAUCAUCGGUAGAAAUGCAAAAAUCGGCAAGAAAUCAAAGCUUACAAAUUGUUAUGUUGAGGGCUCUUAUAUUGUCAAUGAAAAAUCCACUCUCAAGGGUGAAACUUUGACAAGUAUUUACAUAGAUGACGAAGAUUACGCAUCCUCUUUACUGGAUUCAGAUUCAUCUGGAUCCGAGUCUGAUUACACUGAUGAAUAUUAUGACGAUGAGGAUUAUGUUGAUGAUGGACUCUUCGACCGUUGA